CGGUUUGAAAGGAGCCCGCGCGUACCGGUAGCGGCGGGUGGAGCGGGUAGAAGACGCCGCCAGGACGCGUGCGCGCGAGGGGGGUGGAUCCUCUCGGCAGGCAGGCAGGAGGGAAGGAAGGAAGGAAGGAAGGUUCUGGGUGUUGGCGAAGCACCAUCGGUAGAUGUGCAGCUAACAGCAGAAGAUGAACUUUACCUCUGGAAUAAUGUUGGCUUUCUCGCUAUUGAGUGCUUUGUGGAGCAGUGCAGUUGUGGGAGAAGAAUUGUUGAAACAAUUAUUUAAAGAUACACCAAAAGCACAAGAAAUGAACUACAAUGAUAUAAUUAGCAGAAUCAUGAACAUUAAUGGACCUUUACUGAAUAUCAGUUCCUUACAAGGUAUUAUAACUGGUGAUUAUCGAGAGCAUGCAAAUACGAUUUGUUCAGCUGGUCACAAGAGUUGCUUAUGGCCCUCCUCACAUAAUAAGAAUAUUUAUGUACCCUAUGCUUUCAAAUCAAAUUACAAGAGAGCCCAUAAAGCAUUAAUUAUGACUUCCCUUUUUGAGUUUGAGUCUUUGACAUGCCUCAGGUUUAAAUACAGAACAAGGGAGGUGGCCUAUCUUGAGUUUAUUGAUGGGAUAGGAUGUUGGUCAUAUGUAGGACCAGGGAAACGAACACAAGAAAUAUCACUACAGGAGCCUCAUUGUGUGGAUGUUGGUAUAAUACAACAUCAAAUGAUGCAUGCACUUGGUUUUUAUCAUGAAACCUCUCGCAUUGAUCGUAAGAACCAUGUAGAAGUCAAAAUAGAGCACGUUGUAAAAGGAUUUGAGCACAACUUUAAUGUAAAGAAAUCCAAUAACUUGGUGACAGAAUAUGAUUACAGUUCAAUUAUGCAUUUUGGAAGAUACGCUUUUUCCAAAAUGCCUGGUUUACCUACUAUUGUGCCAAAACCAGAUCCAAAUAUAAAUCUUGGACAAUUGAUGGGAUUUUCCAAAACAGAUAUUUUAAAGAUAAACAAGCUGUAUCAGUGCAAUGUAUGUGGAAAUUUACUGACUGAAAAUUAUGGAAGUUUCAUCUCUCCACAUUAUCCAGAUUUAUAUCCUGAUUAUGCUCAAUGCAAGUGGAUGAUCCGGGCACCUUGGCAACAUAAGAUCAUCUUGGAAUUUAAUUUCUUUCAUAUCCAGAUAUAUGUAGGCUGCUAUCGAGAUAAUCUAAAAAUUUAUGAUGGUUCUACUGUUCAUUCACGAAUCCUUAAAGGACCAGUUUGUGGCAAAAUGGCUCCAGCAGUCAUCUCUUCCGAUCAUCAGUUAUUAAUUGUGUUUGUCUCAGGACAUUUUAAACACUCGAAAGGAUUCAGUGCUAAGUAUCGAUUUGUUACAUGUGGAAGAAUGUUGAUUGCUUCACCAACCAAAAUUAUUGGGAAAUUUGAAUAUAGAGCAACCUUAAAUCCAAAUGAAAUAUCAAACUGUUUUUGGUUAGUCCAAGCACAUAAAGGACAUAAGGUUGUCUUUGAAAUUACAACGUACAACUUCCAAAGAUCUGACAAUUGUACUAAUGCCUACAUGAAAAUUCAUGAUGUCGCUCGAGCACCUCCUACGAGUCAAGGAAAAUUCUGUGAAGCAACACCUAUACCUAUUGUUGAGGGCACUGCCCUCUUGCUAGAAUUUAAGCAUCCUGGAGCACAAAUACAGCCUGGACUGAGAGUUGAUUAUAAGUGUGUCAUUCAUCCAUUUGAAAGACAAGGUAAAAAAAUGCAACAAAAAAACUCUUCCCCAUCUUGUACCAUAAAUUUACUCUCAAAAUUCCAUUCUCCCCAAAAUCUUGUUUAUUCUAUUCAAUGGAGGUGGUCUUCACGUACAUAAACAUAUAUAGAACUAUAAUUUUCCUUGGCUUUGCAACUGUUGAGUGGCAUUGACCGAAGAACUGCACCAUUAUGAUACAGCUGCAAUUGAACACAGAGCAUAGGAAUAAGCUAUGAUAGGGCAAGAGAAACUAUCAGAAUAUUUUGGAGGAUAAGGGCAUUGGAUAACCCAUGGAAAAAAAAAAAUCUGCAAAUGCUUAAGAAUGAAAUAAAUGGACAAAUAUUCAGCAGAUCAGGCAUCAUCUGUGGAAAGAGAAACAUUUAAGGUUUCAGGUUGAACAGCCUCUCAGAACUGGAAAAGUCAAAAAAAAAUUAGUAUUAAAUUGCAGAGAAGGUUGGGUGGGAUGUGUAGGUCAAAGGGAGAAGGUGAUAAACAAUCAGCAUUGCCAAGGGGGUAGGUUAUAUAGUCUGAUGGGUUAAUCUGGACAAUUAAAGAGAAAGUACACAGAAUAAAACCUGGGGUGAGGGCAAUUUGAGAGAUAUACAGACAAAGCAAUGUGAAAAGUUGAAAAAUAAAAAGCACAUGCAUUGAACAAAUCAGGCUGUGCUGAAGGAUAUGGCCUGAAUCGAUAUCACAGACAAGUUGCUGGUCCACAAACUUCCGUUGGGCAUUAUCAGUGGGAAUAGGAAGGUGAAAUAAAGUAGCAUGCAACAGGGAACUCCAUCUGUGGGUAUUACCGUCUUUCAAAUACAAUAUCAAAUUCUGCAACCAGGUGACUUGCUUUCUCUGUCUGCAUCAGAAAUGGCCAAUUCUACAAUGUAUUCCAUAUUGGCUCAUUUUUUCUCACUAUAUUUCUGAUAUUCUGUGCAUUUCCUCCAGUCUUGCAUUUUGUAUUUUAUCACAUUCCUUUGUGCAUAUUCUCACUCAUCAUAGCUUUUGUUCAAUUUUCUCACUUAUCUAACUGGCCCGUUAACCCAUUACUCCCCAUAGCAACCCUGGAUUCAUCCUACCAGAGAUAUUGUCUUUGUUCUAUCGAACUAUUCAUCCGUGCAGAUUAAAUCUAACUUGUUUUCUUUGUUACCAGUUCCAACAAAGGAUGUUCAGCCUGAAGUGUAAACUCCACUUCUAUUUGCAUAGAUGUUACCUGAAUUGUUGAUUGUUUUCAAAUUUUUCUGUUUUGAAAGAGGCCAUAUCCACUUAAUAUCAUCGGGAAUGUUUUCUCUUAUAUCAAUGUGGCUAAGAUGAAUAUGUGAGUUUAUUAUGGUGACUUUAUUAUGUGAUGUGGUAGGGGGCUGGCAGUGAUGAUGUUUUUAUGUACCUGCUUUCCUUGUCUUUCUUAACAACAAAGACCAUUGGUUCGGGGGAUACUGUUAGACAACAAGUGCAGGAGUAGGCCAUUUGGCCCUUCGAGCCAGCACUGCCAUUCAAUGUGAUCAUGGCUGAUCAUCCACAAUCAGUACCCCGUUCCUGCCUUCUCCCCAUAUCCCCUGACUCCGCUAUCUUUAAGAGCUCUAUCUAACUCUCUCUUGAACAACUAGUGGUGAAUAGAAUGGAUGAUAGAUUGUCUGCUAUUCAAGUGGGCUAGGAUGGGUAGAUUGGUUUAGGUUUAUUAGUGUCAUGUGCCAAGGGACAGAGAAAGCUAGUAAGAUUAAAUGAGAACUUACCAGUUUGAAGUUUAAUCUUUAUUUUAUGAGGAGUUACGAUGAGGGAUUACGUGAAGACCCCGC